CCCCUCACAAGGGAUAGAGUAGGGGAUGGUGUAGGAUAAAGGAGUAGGUGAUCCCCUCCAAGCGAGAACUGGUAUGAGGUGAUCACGUAAAGACACUAAUUUCAAUGGAUUUUUGAGGUUCAUGAAAAUGAGCAAGCAAUCUCUGCAAAUGGAAGAUGAUGAUGAAAUAUUACUACAGUGCGAGAGUGAAUCAUACAUACACACAGAGAGGAGGAGAUGAGGAGGAGGGUUUCCUGUAAUGCCCUCUACCUGUUUGUGAUAAUGCUUUGCAUUGAGAUGAUGUCAUCUCAGCUGCCACCUGAUCAGGUCAGUGCAAUGACUACAAUUUACGAAAUCAUUCAGAAUAACUCUUCUGCUUCUUCAUUUUUGUGGAGUAAUGUCUUGAACUCCUCAAAUCCUUGCUCAUGGAAGGGGGUUGGUUGCAACUCUGUUAAUUCUUCUAUAAUCUCUGUUUCUGUGAAGUCAUCUUCAAUUUCCACCUCUGAUUUUCUUCCAUUUGUGUGCAAUGUUGCCACUUUAGAGUCUCUUGAUGUCUCCAACAAUCAAAUUAGCUCAAUCCCUGAUGGUUUCUUCACUGGCUGUGGGGGAAUCACUGGAUUGAAGCUCUUGAAUUUCAGUGUGAAUAGGUUGAGUGGUCCUUUGCCUACUUUCAAUGGCUUCCCAAUGUUGGAUACCUUGGAUUUGUCUAGGAAUAUGUUGUCUGGGGAGGUUAGUAUGCAGUUGGAUGGGUUGGGUUCACUCAAAACACUAAAUCUUGGUUGGAAUAAUUUUGGGGGAAAGAUUCCAACAAAUCUAGGAAAUAUGAAUCUUUUGGAGGAGAUUCAUCUCUCUCUUAAUAACUUCACAGGUGAAAUUCCUUUGGCAAUCACAAAAUACAAGAAUCUGAGUGUGAUUGAUCUUAGUGGCAAUAGUCUCUCAGGCUCAAUUCCAAUAGAAUUUGGGGGGUUCACUAGGUUGGAAACCUUGAUUCUCUCUCUCAACAACUUGAGUGGUGGAAUUCCAACAUUUCUUGCUAAUAUCACAUCUCUGGAAAGAUUUGCAGCCAAUCAGAACAGCUUUACUGGGAGUAUUCCAUCUGGGAUUACGAAAUUCCUUUCGUUUUUGGAUCUGAGUUACAACAACUUGAGUGGUGCAGUCCCCUCUGAUCUUCUCUCGGGUCCGAAUCUUCAAGUUGUGGACCUCUCUUUCAAUAAGUUGGAAGGGUCUAUUCCUGCAAUCACUUCGACAAAGCUGUACAGGUUGAGGCUAGGCAGCAAUUCUCUUAAUGGGACGAUUCCAUCCGCCUCGUUAAGGAGUCUGAUGUAUUUGGAGCUGGAUAACAACAUGUUGAGUGGUGAGAUACCUUCGGAUUUGGGUAUAAUGUUCUCUAACUUGUCCCUCUUGAACUUGGCUAGCAACAGAUUUGGAGGCGCGUUACCUCCAUCUUUAGGUAGUCUUACCAGUCUUUAUGUUUUGAGUCUGCAGUCGAAUAGUUUUUCCGGAGGAAUCCCACCACAGAUUUUGUCGUUGAGCAAACUGGAGAAGCUGAAUUUAAGUUGUAACACGCUCAAUGGCUCAAUACCUUUGUCCAUUUCAAGAAUGCAAAAUCUUCGCAAUCUGGACUUGCACGCAAACAAUCUGAGUGGUUCUAUACCCGACUCCAUUGGAGAGAUACCUUAUUUGGUAGAACUCCAGUUGGGAAACAACCAACUCAGUGGGCGAAUUCCUCAAAUGCCAGAUACUCUGCAGAUUUCGUUGAAUCUCAGCCACAACCUCUUUGGUGGGCCUAUUCCAGUUACUCUAUCAAGGCUGCAAAAUUUGGAAGUAUUGGACCUCUCCGACAACAGAUUUUCGGGCGUGAUACCAGACUUCUUGACUCAACUAAGCAGCUUAACACAUCUACUAGUCAUGAACAAUGAUCUCUCUGGUAUUGUCCCAAAAUUCGGACGUAACCUUGUGUUUGAUUUUGAAGGAAAUGAGUUGGUUUCUCCUUCCCCUCCCCCUCCCCCGACCGCCAAAAAGUCUAAAUCAAUUGCCUUAAUCAUCAUCAUUGCAGCAAGCUCUGCUACUGCUGCUGGUUUAUGGGUAGUUAUGGUUGUAUACAUCUCAAGAAGGUAUUCCAGUUUCCAUGUCAAUCUACUCUCUACAAAUAGCUCGAACAUCGAUUUCAAGAAAGCCUUUGAAGCAGUAGCUGAUCCCCAGAACAUCACACUGAAAACCAGAUUUUCGACUUACUACAAAGCCCUCCUCCCAUCAGGUGCCGCCUACUUCAUCAAGAAGGUCAACCGCCUCGACAAGAUGUUCAGUCUACACAGUGAGAAAAGAUUAGGACAGGAGCUUCAUGAUCUCGGAAACCUCUCCGAUCCAAAUCUCAUGAUCCCAUUUGCAUACCUCUCCACACUGCGUGGCCUUUACCUCUUCUACGACUUCACCCCUCAAGGCACCCUCUUCGACAGCCUUCACCGUGCAGCAGGCAGUGCACUGGGCUGGAGAGAGCGCUACGCCAUUGCCCUUGGAGUCUCCCAGGGCCUAUCUUCCCUCCAUCAGUCUCAGAUUCUUCUCCUCGACCUAUCCAGCAAGAGCAUCGCGCUGAAGUCCUCAAACGAGCCUCAGAUCGGAGAUAUCGAGCUCUUCAGGCUGAUCAGCCCUUCCCAGAGCACAGGCAGUCUCUCCACAGUUGCUGGCUCCGCUGGCUACGUCCCUCCAGAAUACGCCUACUCGAUGAGGGUGACAGAAGCUGGGAAUGUGUACAGCUUUGGAGUAGUGCUGCUGGAGCUGCUGAGUGGGAAACAAGCAGUGAGUGAAGGAACUGAGCUAGCAAAAUGGGUGGUGAGCAUCUCAGAUUGGGAUCAAAUUCUUGAUUCAAAUGUUGGUGAGAUUGAGACAUCAAUAGCUGUGAAGAAUCAAAUGUUAGGUGUUGUUGAGGUUGCACUUGCUUGCAUCAAUAUCUCACCAGAAAUGAGGCCUAAUGCAGUAAGUGUGGUGCAGAUGCUACUGAACUCAAGACAAAUUGAUAUUGAGAUUACAUAAGUUUUUUAGUAUAGAUAGGACCUGUUUGUUUCCCACUAUUACUCAUGAGUAGAGGUCAUGUGUGCGGUUGCCCUUUCUCUAAAAAACUUGGCCCGUGACAGUGUGUCUCGUCUCGUCUCUAAAGUGCUAAGAUUAGUUGUGUCUCAUAAUUAUCCAUCCCACCCACACACUUGUCUAAUAUUAUCCAUGAUAAAGUUUAUUUUACUUAUCCUAUAUUGUAUCUCAGUAUAACGUAAUAAAUUGUUGUACUAUGCUUGACAUGGUUUAUGAAAUAGAUUUUCCUCAUUUAUUCUCCA